AUGAAAGAGGAGACCACAGAGGCAGUUGUCGACACGAUCAAGACAGACUGCCAGCAGAAGCAACAACAACAACUGCCACAACAGAGACAGCCGCAACACAGUAAGCAACCACACCAGCAGCAGGCACGGCUGUGCGGCGUGUGCACGGAGGAGAAUCCAAAGUACAAGUGCCCACGGUGUGAACUGCGCUACUGCUCUCUCAAGUGCUACAAGCAGCACAAGCAGGUGCCUUGCGAGCCUGCGCCCAGCACCGAGCCAGGUGCAGUGGCAAACGCUGGCGGGGAACGUGGCGAGCAAGCACCGACCAUCACCGAGGAUGACCAGGUGCCGGGGCAGCUGUUGGACCUUCUGUCUGCCACCAAGGAGGUGCGAGCACAGCUGGCCAACCCGCACCUGCAGGCCACCCUGAAGCGCGUGAGCACCGCACGGGCGCCUGCGCGGGAAGUACAGAAGGCCAUGGCCAACGUCGCCAUCUUUAGGGAGUACGCAGACACAUGCUUGAAGAUUCUCGGCCUCACCACCACCGACACCCACACAAGCUCCUCUUGA